GUCUUUCGUGGCUCCGCAGCUAAGGAGAAAGCACGACAGAGCGACUGAACGAGAGAGAAAGAGACGGAGAGAGUGGAGACACAGAGAGAGAGAGAGAGAGAGAAGGUGAUGGCGACCAAGAGCCCUUCUUGGGGGUCGAAUCUUUUCCCAGAUGAUAGACAAUCAAGCGGCGGUGGCGACUAAUUUGGUCCACUCGACAAGCGAGCGAGCGAGCGAGCGAGCGAGAGAGAGAGAGAGAGAGAGAGAGAGAGAGAGAGAGAGAGGUGGUUGUUGCAGUUGUUCGGAUCGUCUGUGAACUUCAAGGUGAGAAUUUGUGAGGAGAUACGAAGGCUGCGGCUCGGAGUUGGUGGAAGGAGGAGUUGGCGUAGUCGAGGCGGGUGUAAUCAGUAGUAGGUGAGCAGGAGGGACUAUGGGAUAAUCCAUCCAUCCGGCCAUCCAAUCAUCUGUUUUCUGUCAAUCUUUGGGCGUUCCAGCUGUGAGGGAUAGGCAGAGGACGAUAAGCAGGUGUAAAAGGAGGGGGGGAAGCUUUUUCAUGGACCAGGGGGGGCGGCAAAGGCGAAGAAGAGUAAGGACUUUAAAAGAUUGAAGCACGAUCACAGGAUAAUGUUUCUGGAACCAUCUGCUGAGGAGGGUGAUGCUUCUUCGAGUGUAUCUUGCGAGGUGUCUGAACUAUCCCAAGAGAAGUCAUCAGUCAUCAUAGGAGUAGGUGGGCGCGUAGGAAGAGGGAGAGGGGGAGAGAGGAGUAGAGAGAGGGGGACUAGAAGGAGGUGGAGCGGCGGCAAGUCUUCGUCAUCGAGACGCAGCAUGGAAGACAGACCACCCUCUAGAAUUUCCAGCGUUUCUCCGUGCGCAAUUGAAGGAGCCGACCAACUCACCAGCGACAGACACUUCCUCACUGGUAGGGAGCGGGAGUCUACUACCCCUCUCUACAUUUGUCGAGAUUUGAAUUGUAGAGUAUAUUCUGAUCACGUGAUUUGGAAAAUUUGGUCAGGGAGAUAACGGCUGGAGGAUGUGGAAGAAAGAAGAUAGAUAGGCACACACAGAGAGAGAGAGAGAGAGAGAGAGAGAGAGAGAGAGAGAGAGAGAGAGAGAGAGAGAGAGAGAGAGAGAGAGAUUGUAGCGAAAAUCGAUGAGAUGAUGUGCGGACGUGUCAACUUUGCUAUGGAAUAUUCGUCGAAGUUGCAGUGCAAUGUUGAGGUGUCAUGCUAACUAUGGAAUAUUCGUCGAAGCUGCCGUGCACUGGAGCGGAUUGGAAGUGAUGCGCGCGGAGUGUUUGGAAGGACGCAUGUUUGAGUGGUCAGGCUGUCUUUGCUGAAGUCGGUUUCCGACCGUGCUUCUUUGCUGCGCUGGGUAAUCAACUAAUUGAUUUUUCCCGUGAUUGAUUGGGUCGAUCAUUGAUUGGUUGCCGCUGUAACUGACCGAUCGGUCAGAUCACGUCUGCACCAUACUCGAGGUGGACGGCGGGCAUUCUGUCUGAAAAUAUCGUUGCGAUUACUAUUGAUUGGGGUCAAUCAUUGAUUGGUUGCCUUUGGUUGGAAGGACGCAUGUGUCUGUUUUCUUUUGUUCUCGAAUCCUAGUGAAGCGCGGGAACGUCGCGGUUAUUAUUUUGACUAUUGUUGCUGUAUUAUUAAUUAAAUUGUAUAAAGCUUGAACGAUGGGCUAGAGUAGGAGGGAGUGAGGGAAGGAGGGAAGUGUAGGGUGGAGGAGGAGGAGGAGGAGGAGGAGGAGGAGGAGCCAGAUUAGGGAAGACGUGGAGAACCCAGAGUAUUAGGAAUAGGAGGCAUUCUUUUAAAACGUGGUAGGAGAGAGCACUCCGCCGCCACGUGGGAUAACGGGGGUGUGACGUGGCCAGAUUCUCCUUCGUGAUUGAAGCAAGACGCUGACCAGCAGGAGAACCGUUAGUUGGGAGUCCGAAGUUGGAACCAGAGAGUACUAGUAGAGUAGGAGCACCCAGUCGGACCGUGACUAAUUGAUUAGUCAAUUAAUUGAUUGAUUGAUUGAUUGAUUGAUUGAUUGAUCGAUUGAUUGAUUGAUUGAUUGAUACCCGGAGUAGGAGCAGCAGGAAGAGUAGUCGUAGUUGGGAGCACCGAGUGUACUAGUGGUAGGAGGAGGAGGAGGAGGAGGGAUGCUUUGACGAGAGGGGAAAAGAUUCGGGCAACGCGUGUGACAGACAACCAGGGUGCCACGUGGAGGUUUCUCCGUCGUCGUUGAAGAGGGUAUAUAGGGAGAAGGAAAGGAGGAAGAGGAGCAAGAGGGACAGAGGAGCAAGAUGGAGGAGAAGAAGGGGCUCCCCACGAACGCGAAAGAUUAUCGUCUUUUGCAGGAAUGUGGGAGCGGCGUGAGCGCCACGGUGUACAGGUCUCUGUGCAUUCCUCUCAACGAGAUUGUGGCAAUUAAGGUGCUUGAUUUGGAGAAAUGCCAAAGCACUCUCGAUGAGAUCCGCAAAGAGGCGCAGACGAUGAGUCUAAUUAAUCAUCCGAACGUGGUGCGGGCGUUCUGCUCCUUCGUGGUCGAUCGUCAUCUGUGGGUGGUGAUGCCCUUUCUGGCGGGAGGAUCUUGCUUGCACGUCAUGAAGUCCGCUUUUCCAGAAGGCUUUGAAGAGGUAGUGAUUGCGACGAUUCUCAAGGAGACGCUGAAGGCCUUGGAGUACCUCCACAGACACGGUCACAUCCACCGAGAUGUCAAGGCGGGCAAUAUCCUGAUAGACAACAGCGGCCAAGUGAAGCUGGCAGAUUUUGGAGUCUCUGCGUGUAUGUUCGAGACGGGCGACCGACAGAAGUCGAGGCAGACCUUCGUCGGGACCCCGUGCUGGAUGGCGCCGGAGGUGAUGGAGCAAAUCCACGGCUACGAUUUCAAGGCAGAUAUCUGGUCCUUUGGCAUCACCGCGUUGGAGUUGGCACACGGCAACGCGCCGUUUUCCAAGUACCCGCCGAUGAAGAUCCUAUUGAUGACAUUGCAGCACGCGCCGCCGACCUUGGACUUGGAGAGAGACAAGAGGUUCACGAAGUCGUUCAAGGAGAUGAUUGCCAGCUGUCUAGUCAAGGACCCCAGUAAGAGGCCUACAGCGGACAAGUUGCUGAAACACCCUUUCUUUAGGCAAGCGCGCUCACCGGAGUACUUGGUACGGCACGUGAUGCAAGGGCUCCCGCCGUUGGUGGACAGAGUGCGGGCGCUGAAUGAGAAGAAGGCGAAGGCGGCGGCGCAGAAGAUGCCGAUGGAGAGGGAGGAGGAGGAGUCGCAGGAGGCAUACGUGAAGGGGGUGAGUGGAUGGAACUUCAGCCUGGAAGACCUGAAGAGAGAGGCAAGCUUGCUCAAAGACGACGAUGACGAAGGACCGGGAACGCCAUCGUCGGACGAAGGAGGGAGACCGGGAUCGCCAGGCGUGCGAGGCGGGAGCUCACCAAGACGGGGGGCUGGGAUGGGCAGCAGUGGCGGCGGCGGAGGAGGAGCAAGCGCUGGUUCUGCUGCCGCUGGUGGCACGGGAGCAACAAGAGGUACAGCUGGCACAGGCGUGGGUGCGAACGAGCCCGGCGGCGAGGGAGGUAGCGACGUGAUCCCUUACUCCAUCAGCACUCCGGUGGGAGCAAUUUCCUCGACGAGCGCAGUGAGCGUACAAGCGCAGGCCUCGUUUCCUUCUUCUGCUGCGUCUUCUUCUUCUUCUUCUUCUUCGACGUCGUCGUCGCUGGCGCAGCGGCGGUCGUCGUUGUCGCCGACGUAUGAUGAAGACAAAGACUGGGAGGCUCUCGGACUGAGCUCGGAGUUUCUGGCAAGUAAACAGGAGAGAGAUAGGGAAAGAGAGAGGGAGAGAGAAAGAGAACGGGAAAGGGAAAGAGAACGGGAGAGGGAAAGAGAAAGGGAGAGGGAACGAGAAAGGGAGAGAGAGAGAGAAAGAGAACGGGAGAGGGAGAGGGAGAGGGACAGGGAGAGAGAGAGAGAAAUCGAGCUUCGCCAGCCUCGGUCGUCGGCUAUUGCUAUAAUGAACGGUCCAACGAAGUUUGCAUCGAGGGGACCGGGCGGCGGAGUCGGCGGAGUCGGCGGCGGUGAGCCCAUGUACCUCCCUGGGGGAACUCCCCCGCCGCCAGGGGCAUUAUUACGGUCGUCUAAGGAGCCUUCCGGUUCAGGCAGACACCAGGGCUUGUUGUCGUCUAGAUAUGACUCCGGCGAGUUGAUGAACGGCGGAGGAGAGUAUAGCAGCUCCUCUGGUUUGCGUGUGGAAAGAGAGAGGAGUAGUUUCGAUAGAGAGAGGAACAGCUUUGAGAGAGAGAGAGACGCGCUGCCAUCGCCCAAAGCUCCUUCUCCGCAGCCGAUAGGCGGUAAGUUUUCGAGAUCGUCGAGCCUGAUUUUUGAUAGGGAGAGAGACAGAGAAAGCAUGAGAGGAGGAGGAGGAGGAGGAUUGGGAGGAUAUGAGCGCAACACGGAAUCUCUGCGAAGCAGCAGCUUCGGAGAGCGGGAACGCGAACGCGAACGCGACCGUGAACGGCCUUCCUCUGCUAAUGGAAACUACGCGCCGGUCAGCCGACCGGUCGGCGGCGGCGGUGCGACCUCUGCCAGCGGGAUGACCACCUCCUCGUCCUCUUCGUCUCUCAACUACCGCGGAAGAUUCGUUGAAGAGCUGGUCGAUGCUGGCCCGACGAACAUCAUAUCUUCACCUCCCAACUCCUCCUCCUCCAAACGGCAAGCCGCCGCUCCAGCCGCCGUCAUGGGCGGACCGGUCGCCGGCAAGUCCCAACUCAUGCGCAAGUCGACCAGCGUCGGCGACUGGUCGGACCGUCGCCUUCUGCAGCAGUCCGGUCAGUCUGUCACGGCGGCGGCGGCUGUGUCUUACUCCCCCCCGAACGCUGGACAGCCGCUUGCCCCUGCUUCCGCGAUGAACCUCCACUCGUGCUUGCCCUCUUCCACAACGUCCGCGUCGGCCAUGGCCGGCGGAUCAUCCGGCGGCUCGGCUUCCUCGUCAAUCUCUUCCUCCUCCUCCUCCUCCUCCUCCUCCUCCUCCACCCUCCCAUUCAACUCCGCUUAUGGGGCUACUGUCCCGGUGAUUGCAAUCAUGCCGCACUUGCAGGAGGUGAUGCACCGAGUGCUCACUCAGCAGGACAUCCUCUUACACGUGAUGAGCUGUCUGGGGAGCAACGACUCGACCACGUGGAAGAAUAAGAUCGCAACUCGCGAGCCCGACCAGGUCGACGUUACCACGGAGAGAGAGAAAGACCUCAUCAGGCACAUUGCAGACCUGCAUAACCGAAUCGCUGCUCUCAGCGAUCAGCUCGAAAUGUACAAGUCCAAGAACGCACUGCUCGACCAACAACUCAACGCCAUUCGAAACGAAGAGGAGGAGAAGAGAAUUCAGGCUGCCGACAUGAUGUGACACUCUAUUCUAUUUUCGUCGUGGCAUGUGGUUUGUCACUUUUCCAUCCCUCUCCCUCUCCCUCUCUCUCUCUCUCUCUCAAUGUCCCUUCCCUGUUGAUUACGAGUUCUACUCAUACCCUGCAGUACGAAGUCCUGAUUAUGUCUUUGGGGGGUCCGGAUCCCCAUUCCGAUUUAGAGUCUCGAUUUUCGAUUUCCGUUUGAUUCCGAUCGAAUGUAUUUUGAUUAGACUUGGGGGGUACGAAGUACUUCGUGCGCAUUUGGAGUCCCGACUCCGACUCCGACUCCGACUCAGAAUCCGACUCGAAGUUUUCGAUUUCCUGUUUGCGUUGCCGAUCAGAGGAUGUAUAUGAUUUCAGACAAGACUCGUAUGUUAGACCAUAUCUGAUUGCUCAGUGGAUUUCGACGAUGAUGGCAGAGAAGUAAAAUCCAUUUCCCAUGUUCUUCUUCAUCUUCUUCUUCACCUAAUCGUCAUAUCUUCUUCUUCUUCUUCUUCUUCAUCUUCUUCUUCAUCACAGUAGCAGUAUGGGGAGUCGCCCACUUGAGGAGGUGCCUGGAGGGCAGCGUGGCUGAAACACGUCGGGGAAUCUGCGCGUUUCAACUGAGAACUGUGCAAGCGGAGAUGUAAGGUUUAUCUCUUGAUACAUGAGCGUGAAGCAGUCUAUGGCCACUGUUUUUUUUCAGUAUUUCUCUUCUUAUCCUUUGUCUUCAAUAUUUCCUCCUUCUUCUGGUUCUUCGUUAUUUUCUUCUUCUUCUCGAGCUAUGGUCGGAGUUCACGCAGGUGCUCGUUUUUUUAUUCAUCAUUUUCUUCUUCUUCUUCUUCUUCUUCUUCUUCUUCUGCUAUGGUGGAUGCGGGAGAGGAAGCCCGUUGAGAAGUCCUGGUGCGCAGCCAGGCACAGCCCGCGUCGGGGAAUGUGCGUGUUGAGAUGAUUGUCCGUGCAAGUGCUUUUCUGUUUAUCACUAAGGCAUGGACGCAUUGCGAUUGGCCUCGCUUUUUCAAUUCAAUUCUUCUUCUUCUUCUUCUUCAUUAUUGUCUUCGUCUACGACAUUUUCAUCGUCUUCUUUUUUUUCUUUUUCUUUUUUUUUUUCGCUGGUGGGAACCUAAGUUUGGUUAAGAAGAGAAGGUGUUGAUUAUAGCUUCCGUUUGCACGAGUGGAUAUGGGGUCCAAUGUUGGAUUCGAUCCGAUUUUAUUUUAUCGGUCGUGACGUUGAUUGGUCGUCCGUUUAAGAAGGAGACAGGGAUUUUCCCGCCAAUAUCGGGAGAAGGGAAUUUUCCCGCCAAUAUCGGGAGAAGGGGAUUUCCCGCCAAUAUCGGGAGAAGGGGAUUUCCCGCCAAUAUCGGGAGAAGGGGAUUUUCCCGCCAAUAUCGGGAGAAGGGGAUUUCCCGCCAAUAUCGGGAGAAGGGGAUUUUCCCGCCAAUAUCGGGAGAAAGGGAUUUUCCCGUCAAUAUCGGGAGAAGGGAAUUUUCCCGCCAAUAUCGGGAGAAGGGAAUUUUCCCGCCAAUAUCGGGAGAAGGGAAUUUUCCCGCCAAUAUCGGGAGAAGGGAAUUUUCCCGCCAACGACCGAC